GUCGGGGAAAGAGGGGCGGCGCUGCGCUGGAUGCGACGGUGCAGACAUGUUGGAGGUCCGUCAACGUCAUGAUGUUGUGGUUAAACAGAGCCAGGAAAGGAGCGAAGCGGUUGGAGAUGCUGCUGACCGAGUCGACGCUCGAACUGGGGACAGGGAGAUGUCGGCCGAGACGCUGACUGUUUUCUUGAAGUUGUGCGCGGCGGUUUUUUACGGAGUUAGCUCCUUUUUUAUCGUGGUGGUGAACAAGAGCGUCCUAACCAGCUACAGAUUUCCGUCAAUAUUAUUUGUGGGCAUUGGUCAGAUGUUAGCAACGGUCACUCUGCUGUGGGUGGGUAAGGCAUGCAAGGUGGUGAAGUUUCCUGGCCUGGAUUACAGUAUGCCGCGGAAGGUGUUUCCACUACCUCUCUUAUACCUGGGGAACCAACUUACAGGAUUGCUGGGCACUAAGAAACUGAACCUUCCAAUGUUUACAGUUUUAAGGAGGUUUUCCAUUCUGUUUACAAUGAUAGCAGAAAGUUUGUUACUCAAUAAGAACUUCUCUCGAUCUGUUCAGGUGACUGUCUUUGCGAUGAUACUUGGUGCGUUUAUUGCUGCCAGUUCUGACAUGGCGUUUGACUCGUUUGGAUAUGGAUAUAUUCUUACAAAUAAUGUGUUAACAGCUGCGAAUGGAGCUUAUGUAAAGCAAAAAUUGGAGUCAAAAGAGCUGGGUAAAUAUGGACUACUUUAUUACAAUGCCCUCUUUAUGAUUCUGCCUUCUUUGGUCAUUGCAUACUUCACAGGCGAUCUUCAAAAGGCAGUUAAUUUUGAAGGUUGGUCAAAUACCAUAUUUGUGAUGCAGUUCUUGCUGUCCUGCGUAAUGGGACAUGCCAUCUGAAGUUUUGAAUAUGCAUUCACCAAUGAGAUGCUUACCUUCCAGGCAGACUGAGGGUAUUAAUGAUGUUUGCAGGGCUUCCUACUGGUGUUCUGCCUGAUAAAUGGAUCUUGAAAACUAUUAAGUUUGCUUGGAUCUGCUGCUGUCAAUAGAGUUUGAGAAAUGAUAUGAUUUGGACUCUGAGUAUGAUGUAUUGGUUACUUGCCACUUAUUCACAAUGUCUCAUUUGGCAAGGUUUUGAAAAAAAUUAUGUGCUGCAGGUAAGCACUAAGUGCUGCUGUCACUAUAAAUGUGUGAAUAUGGAGGCUGGUAUUGGAGAGGGUUUGGGUGGUGGUUAUGAAUGUGAACAGUUCAGCUACGGACCCUUUCACUUCAGUGCUAGAUAUAUCUCAUCUGAAAGAAAUGUAAUUUAAAUGGAUAACGCAUCAAUGACUGACAAGGAUUGUUCUGCUUCUGAAUUUAUAAGUUGUAAAAAUUGCUUUUCAGUAUGGAACAAAUUUUUGUAUGAUUGUAAAACAAUCCAGAAUACUUUCUUAA